AUGGCCACCCGUGAUCCCAACACCCUCGCCAACUAUGGCCACUGGCGGGUUCGCCACACCUCAGUCGACUUUGCCGUCAACUUUGACAAGCAGCGGCUCGAGGGCUCCGUCCUUCUCGAGCUCGAGUCCCUGACGGACCGCCAGAGCAACGAGAUCAUCCUCGACACCAAUGCUCUGGACAUUGCCUCGGUCAAGCUGGAUGCUGCAAGCUCCAAGUGGGAGGUCAAGUCUCGCGUCGAGCCAUAUGGCGAGCCACUCCACAUUGCCGUGCCUGAAGGCGCUGCGCAGGGCCAGCUCGUCAAGCUCGACAUUGCCCUCCAGACCACGUCCAAGUGCGUCGGUCUCCAAUGGAUGACCCCAGCCCAGACCGGCAACAAGAAGCACCCUUACGUCUACUCCCAGUGCCAGGCGAUCCUCGCCCGGUCCAUCUUUCCUUGCCAGGACACGCCAGACGUCAAGUCAACCUUUAGCUUCAAGAUAACUUCGCCCCUGCAGGUUGUGGCAAGCGGUGUCCCUGUCAAGGAGGCAGCAGGCAGCGAAUCCAACGUGUAUCGUUUCGAGCAGAAGGUGCCGAUCCCCUCAUACCUCUUCGCGCUAGCAUCUGGUGACCUCGCUACUGCCCCUAUUGGCAAGCGCUCCGUGGUCUCAUGCGGCCCCGAGGCGCUCGAAGGGGCCAAGUGGGAGCUCGAGGACGACAUGGACAAGUUCUUGGAUGUUGCAGAGAAGUUGGUUUUCGAUUAUCAGUGGGGAGAGUACAAUGUGCUUGUACUGCCUCCCAGCUUUGCUUACGGAGGCAUGGAGAACCCCAUCUUCACGUUUGCGACCCCUACCAUUAUCAGCGGCGACCGCCAGAAUGUUGAUGUCAUUGCCCACGAGCUGAGUCACAGCUGGAGUGGCAACUUGGUUGGCUGUGCUAGUUGGGAGCACUUCUGGCUCAACGAGGGCUGGACCACGUACCUCGAACGCCGCAUUGGAGCUGCCAUCCAUGGCGAGCCCCAGUUUGACUUCUCAGCCAUUAUUGGCUGGAAAGCGCUUGAGGACUCGGUCAAGCUGUUUGGCGAGACGCACGAGUUCACAAAGCUCAUCAUCAACCACAAGGGUGUCGACCCUGAGGAUGCCUUCAGCACAAUCCCGUACGAGAAGGGAUUCCACUUCCUUUACUACCUGGACCGACUGGUUGGCAGAGAGAACUUCGACAAGUUCAUUCCGCACUACUUCCAGACGUGGGCUCGUAAGUCGCUGGACUCUUUCGAGUUCAAGCAGACAUUCCUUGACUUCUUCAACAACUACGGCAACGAAGAGAUCAAGAGCAAGAUUGCUGGCAUUCCUUGGGAGGAGCGAUUUUAUCAGCCUGGCCUGCCGCCCAAGCCCGAAUUCAACACUGCCUACGUUGACAGCUGCUUGGCCCUUGCCAAGAAGUGGGAGGACGAGACCUUCAAGCCAGAACCAGAAGAUAUCAAGUCCUUCACAGCAAACCAGACCCUUGUUUUCCUGCAGGCGGUCCAGAAAUUCUCCAAGCCGCUAAGCGCGGAAAGAUCCCAUCUUCUUGGCACCACCUACAGCAUAAGCUCGUCCAAGAACGUCGAGCUCAAGGCUGCUUAUUACUUGAUUGCACUUGAGGCCGGGGACAAGAGUGAGAUUCCUGGCGUCGUCGAGCUUGUGUCGUGUGUAGGUCGGAUGAAGUUCGUUCGCCCGUUGUUCAGGAAGCUCAACGAGGUCGACAGAGACCUGGCCGUCAAGACAUUCAAGGAGCACAAGGACUUCUAUCCCUCUACCACAAAGGGUCAACUCGAGAGAGAUCUCGGUUUGAAAUAA